AUGGCGUCGCUCAAUGGUUUGCCGCCGAUUCCGCGGUCGAAGCAGAACUGGGCGCGCGCGAAGCUACCAACGAAUGGCCAAGACAAGGUGGCGCCAGGCUCGGCGCGAAGGCUCACAUCACCGCAGAGCGCUUCUUCAACGCGCCGGAGCCUGAACGUUUCAAUGGCCCACCUCUCAAUCUUGCGCCCAAACAGCUCGACAGCGAGCCUUGUUGACGCCUCGCCACGCAACCAAGGCGACGACGAAAACCAAACGCCGAGCGAGGGCUACUCUGAAGCCUUUGAUCUGCUACUGGACAGCAGUUCCCUCUCACAGUCGUCGGCGCGCGAUGGCCCCGACGUGCAUGAUGAGCUCCAGCGCGUCCAUGCACACAACUCGGCACUGCAAAAUGAAGUUGCGCGGCUUCAAGAGUCGCUCGUCGAACGCAUGCGUGGCAACUCUAAAUUUGUGGGUGGCGGUCAAUUCCGGUCUUCGAUUGCGACGGCAACGAGUCCCAAGCCCUCGUCGGGCUGCUCCAAUUGCUUUACACUUCGCGCGGCAAUCAAGAAACUCAAGACGGACGCCAAGACUUCCAAACCGGUUGUUGACGAUCUCCAAGUCAAGCUCUCGGAAGGUCACGUCCAGCGUCAAGCUCUCGCGGCAGCAAGUGCCAAGAAAGACCUACAACUGUCCGACGCACUGACGCGCCUCGACAGCGCCGAGCGCACGAUAGCAAACCAGCGCGCGCAGCUCGAUCAGCUCGAUGCGGAUCUCCAGAGCUUGCGCGAGCACGCGAUCGCUCCCAGCGCCGACGCGACGGACGAGUUGGUCGGAAAGCUGCAGCAGCAAAUCGAGCUGACGCGGGAGAAACAAAAACUGCUCGACACCUACCACACGCAGCUCGAGUGCGCGCACUCCGAGCUCGCGGCGGCGCGGCAGCAAACAUCGACGCUCGAAACUGCCUUGCAGUCAACGACGCAGCUCUUGAACGCAGCGCGAAGCGCUAUGGACACGCUCCAAGCCCAAGCUUGCGCGUCUGCUGCCCAACAACAGCAGCGCGAGCUUGAUACGCAAGUGCUUCAAGUAGCGCAUGACCAAGUGUUACAGCAGCUGCGCAACGACGUUGAGUCAUGGCAGGCGUCGGCGGCAGCAGCCCAAGCCAACGGCAAGCAGCUCGCCGACGAGAACCAGGUAUUGAACGCACGCGUCGCAGAGCUCGAGCUCGAUCAGCGCAAACGCGUGAGCGCGAUGGAGGAAACGGAUCGCGAGAUGCAACACCUUCAGCUCCUGCGACGAAAAACAUCAAGUGAGCUGGUGGGCUUGAACGGCCGCAUCGACGCGCUACUCGCCGAGCUCAGUGCGGUCAAGGGCGAGCGCGACGCUGCGAUCUCCGAUCACUUUACGCUGCAAACGCGACUCGAGGCCGAACUUGACAUCGCGCGGCGCCAAUUGGAGCAGCUCGAGAAGGCGCUGCUCUCGAAAUCCUGUGACCAUACAUCGCUCGAGGUCAAAGUGCGCGCACUCGAGGACGCGCGGGACGCCCAGUGCUCCCGCGCCGCGGAAAUGCACUCGGAGCUCCGGGACCAACUCGAGAAGCUCGGCGUGGCGCAGAAUCAGGUGCUCAAGCAGCGUGGGCAGGUGCACACACUCCAGACCGAACUCAAAGCCGUCAAGGUCGAGAAUGACGAGUUUGCCGCGCGCUUGGAUGCUCAGCACCAGCUGCACACCAAGGCACUAGAGAAGGCACGUAGCUUUCAUGCCAUGCAGUCGCUCGUACGACUAUGCGUCGUUGCUCCCACCGUGAACGUCCACUUGUCUGGCCAGAUAUUGCCCUGCAAAUCGGUUUUGCCCACGGAUGCGAUUCGGUCCAUUGUGCAAAAGGACAUUUUGCCCGUCUUUUCGUCCAUUUUUCUGCAGCACGACGAAGGCACGAGCCCGGACGGAUCGUCUCUCGACGCGUGGCUGCAGUCGUUGCUCAAGGAAAUGCAAACGUCGAUCGAGAAGCAUCUCAAGAGCGUCUUCCAAUCGUAA